AUGGCUUCGAAAAAGGUGUCGAAGCAAGAGUUGCUUGCACCAGUCUCACAUGAAUUGGAGUUCGGAGGUGUAGCUGGUGCGCUCUUUGUGACAAUUACUGUACCACUCACGAUGUACUAUCUUGCCUUUGGAUGCAAUGAAGAACUUGGAUGCGCCUUGUCAAUGCCGGUUACGAAUACGGAUGCUUUCUUAACGUUUGUGAAAGACAAGUUUGUGAGCAGCUUUUUUGAUACGACGGCAUGGAAACUCUACUAUGCUUGGUAUGCGUACUGUGUUAUUGCAUGGGCGAUUCUUCCAGGCAAGUGGAUCAAGGGGCUGCCCCUACGUACAGGCGAGCAGCUUCCGUAUAAAAUCAAUGCGAUGCCUACCGGCGCUAUGGCCCUGGGCAUUGUGUGCACGUACAUUUCACUCAAAGGACCUAAGUCAUUCACGUUCUUGUACGACCACUGGCCGGGAUUUCUGAGCGCAGCGUUGGUCAACUCCAUUGUGCAAGCGAUUUAUGUGUAUGUCGCAUCGUUUGUGGGCGACAAGUUGUUGGCCUUAGGUGGCAAUAGCGGCAAUAUCCUAUUUGAUUGGUUUAUUGGCCGUGAGCUGAACCCACGUAUCGGCCUUUUUGAUAUCAAGACAUUCAAUGAAUUGCGACCUGGCCUGCUGUUGUGGGUAUUGAUUGAUAUCAGCUGUGCUUGUCAUCAGUUUGUUAGGCUCGGCGAAGUGACGGACAGUAUGCUCCUAGUUACGGUGUUCCACUUAUGGUAUGUCGUAGACUCGCUGCUGCAUGAGCCUACCAUUCUAUCGCAAAUGGACAUUACGACAGAUGGCUUUGGGUUCAUGCUGAGCGUGGGUGACCUGGCCUGGGUACCAUUCACGUACAGUCUGCAAGCACGCUAUUUGGCCUUUACACCUGUUCAUCUGGGCUGGCCAGGCACCGUGGCUGUGCUACUGGUCCAGUUUGUGGGCUUUUACAUUUUCCGAACCGCCAACGUGGAGAAGAACGAUUUCCGGAACGGACGCAACCCGAAGAACCUGAAAUUCAUGACGACAUCCACUGGCCGGAAAUUACUGACAUCCGGCUGGUGGGGACGCAGCCGUCACCCUAACUACUUGGGCGACUGGAUCAUGGCCUGGGCUUGGUGCCUGCCCUGUGGCUUUGGCACGCCCAUCCCCUACUUUUACGUGGUGUACUUUGCCGUGCUACUUGUGCAUCGCCAACUGCGCGACGAUGAUGCUUGCAAGAAAAAGUACGGCGCAGACUGGGAUGUUUACUGCCGACAAGUGCCCUACCGUAUCAUCCCUUAUGUGUACUGA